AGCCUCCCUGCCCAGUUACCAGCUCUCCUCCGUCUUAUGUCCCUCUCUCCUCCCGUCUCUCUCUGUCAGCUCAGUUCAGUCAGUUAGUUUUUAGCAGACUAGCACGGAGAGACGAGGGCUGCUCCCUUUCGCCUCUGCUCUGUCUGCUCAGCGCACCAACACCAUACAUUCCGCUCACCAUGGCUGCCACGGACGUUGACGUGUUUUCGAAUGAAGAGAAGCGUAACCUGAGUUUAGGCGGCCAUGUUGGAUUUGACAGCCUCCCUGACCAACUGGUCAGUAAGUCGGUCACACAGGGAUUUUGUUUUAACAUUCUCUGUGUAGGGGAGACUGGUAUUGGCAAGUCGACGUUAAUGAACACGCUUUUCAACACCAUGUUUGAGAAUGAAGAGGCAAGCCAUUAUCAGAAUGGCGUGUAUCUGCGGCCGCGAACUUAUGACUUGCAAGAAAGCAACGUCCACCUCAAACUGACGAUUGUCGAUACCGUUGGUUUCGGUGAUCAGAUCAACAAGGAGGAUAGUUACAAGCCCAUUGUCGACUACAUUGACACCCAGUUCGAAAACUAUCUCCAGGAGGAGCUGAAGAUCAAACGCUCACUGUUUAACUACCACGACACCAGGAUCCACAUCUGUCUUUAUUUCAUUGCCCCAACAGGACACUCCCUCAAGUCUCUGGACCUCGUCACUAUGAAAAAACUGGACAGCAAGGUCAACAUCAUUCCCAUCAUUGCCAAAGCGGACACAAUCUCUAAGAGUGAGCUCCAUAAAUUCAAAAUAAAGAUUAUGAGUGAGCUGGUGAGCAAUGGUGUCCAGAUAUAUCAGUUCCCAACAGACGAUGAAGCAGUCAGUGAGAUCAAUGCCUCCAUGAAUGCCCAUCUGCCGUUUGCUGUGGUCGGGAGUGUGGAAGAGGUCAAAGUGGGGAACAAAACAGUGAGAGCCAGACAGUACCCCUGGGGUGUUGUGCAAGUUGAGAAUGAGAGCCACUGCGACUUCGUAAAACUCAGAGAGAUGCUGAUCAGGGUCAACAUGGAGGAUCUGAGGGAACAGACCCACGCCCGCCACUACGAGCUGUACCGACGCUGCAAGCUCGAGGAGAUGGGCUUCAAAGACACAGACCCUGACAGCCAGCCAUUCAGCCUCCAAGAGACGUAUGAGGCCAAAAGGAAAGAGUUCUUGGGCGACCUGCAGCGCAAAGAGGAAGAAAUGCGGCAAAUGUUUGUCAACAAAGUAAAAGAGACGGAAGCAGAACUGAAAGAAAAGGAGAGAGAGCUGCAUGACAAGUUCGAGCAGCUGAAGCGGAUGCAUCAGGAGGAGAAGAGGAAGGUGGAAGAGAAGCGGAGAGACCUGGAGGAGGAGAUGAACGCUUUCAACAGGAAGAAGGUGGCAGCUGAGACGCUCUCCUUAUCUCAGCCCCUCAAGAAAGACAAGGACAAGAAAAAGUCAGUGAAGACAGAGAACCAGUCAGGUGUGAGCGCCUCCAGCUCCAAGGUGAUGAUGGCCAAGGCCAAUGUGGAGCCCUUGAACUGCCAAAGCUGGUGGCAGGCCAUACAGUGCUGCACCUGCCUGGUCCACAGCGCCGCCUGGAAGCCCGAAGGCCUCUUCUGAUGCCCAGGCCCGGCGGGGAGCACACCGGGGUCUGUCGCCAAGUCCCAGCCGACGCCGGAGCCGAGCCCGAUGGACGGAAUGAGGUGGGGGUGGCCGGAGACGAGCAGGGCGUGGAACUAGGACAGAGAGGAGCGGAGGAAUGAAGAGGAACGAGACCAAAACGUUAGCAUAAUGAUGUCAUUGUUGUCUCAUUGUCCAUCCCUCCAUUGCCUUCCCCUUACAUCAACUACUCCAUAUUAACAUGAAAUAUACCAUUCAUUCAUCCCUUCAUUCUCAUCCAUCCAGAACUGUCUCUGCAGCCUGUGAUUCUCUUCUGUUCUCAAGUGUUCAUCGCUCAUCAUUACUGUGUAAGGUUCAGACCUGCAGCUCUGUGCAGGACGACGCAGAUAGAGAAUCUCACUAUCAGGUUUUACCCCCUCCCCCCGCCUGAGGAAUCAUAGUAAUCUUGUUCGUAUUGUAUCGUACGUGCAGUGCUUUUCUGUGUUCCUGUUUGUAGGCAGGAACUGUAAAUCACAACCUGAGAGGGGGCUCAAUGUAAAAAAAAAAAAAAAAAAAAAAAGGAAAAAAAAAUUGUAAUUUGACUCUUAAAGAACUUCUUCAUAGUUUGCAAAAUACUGACAUGUGGCUAGUGAAAAAAAAACAUCCACUAGAUUUCAAAAUAUCAACACAUUCUUGUGAUGUUUGUUUGCUCUAGUCAAAUGUCUUUUUGUGUUUAGCUCAUUUGCUUUGUUUGUCUCUUACUCUGUAGCAAAAAUAAGCCAUGGGUUUUAAAGAGAGUGGAAAUCGCUGAGAGGUGGAUUCAGCAAUGUGGUGCCAAAGUCAAAAAGUCACCCGCUAAAACGGUUGCUCUUGACUAUUUCUUCUUUCUAAAUUCCCCCUCCUCCUCAUCUUUUCCCUUAUCACUCCAUUUUGUUAACAUACGUAAUUCAGGGUAAUGUAGCAAGCAAAGAAAAGCAGAUGUUUAAUCUCAGACGGUCAAAGCUUUGAGCGUCACAUGGCUGACUCUGCCUUUCAAAAGAGUUUCACUUGGAUGUUGGAGCAUAUUGAGAGGUAAUGACAAGGCAUCUCUGUAAAUCCUCUUAUUUAUUCAUAUCAAAGUGUCAAGGUGGAGAGUCUGUGACAAAUUACUGAUAGAUUUUAUUGAUUGCUGUUUUAUAGACAAUGGAGAGUAACACUUUAUUUAGGGAAAGGGAAUGCAGAGUGAUUUCUUCAGGGCAGGGGGAAUGUAAUUGUGAGAUAUUAACAGUAUAGUUAAAGUAUUUAUUUGAAAAAUAUUUAUUUGAAUAGUAUAAAAAAAGAAAAAAUGUCUUUAUUUUAUUACAGCUUUUAUUAAUACAUUAUGUCUCUUUAUUUUAAAAGUCUUGGAUUUUGUAUUACUUAAAAGUGAAGUGCUAGGACAAUAAUAGAUUCACAACAAUAACUCCAACACACUGUAAACCUGUGACACCAAUAUUAGUCAACCUGUAAUAUUAAAGGGAAAGUGCCAUUUUCUUUUUGUUUUUGGUGAAGACACUGAAUCGAUCCAAUUCAGUUCAAAUGUGCCAAGAUGCUUUUUAGUGACAAUUUAUGGUUUGUGGCUUUAAGAAAAUGUCCCUGUCCUCCUACAACUUCACUAUCACGAACCAAUCUAGUGCUAUUAUUUAUUCCUUGAGGUAAUGUGUUGUCCCUUUGGUCCAGGAUGAGGUUAUUGACUCGCAAAAUGCACAACAAGACCUCACAAAAUCAACUGGGGAUGUGUUUCCAGGGCAUGUAAUCAAUGUCUUCUAAAUAUUUUCUCAACAACCGUCCAAUAGAGCAGAUCAAUACAGUGUGUAAACUAUUUAUGUAGAGGAAAUUACGGGCUGUAUUCAUAAAGUGUCCAACUGCUGGCACUAAAGCACUUUCAUCUGCUCUAGAAAACACAGUUGGGACAUCUGCGUUUUGAAACCUCCAGAAUGUCCCACUUCUUCAUAUAGAUCAUAUUACAAUGGAUUGUUUUGUAAAUCUCUGCCUAAAUGCAUGAUACCAAGUAAACUGUAGAUGAAACUAAGAUGGAAAUUAAACUUUUUACAAGUCACCCUGACAGGAACAUGAAUCUCUCGAUCAAAUUUCCCUUUUAUAGUUGUUGCCAGGGGAUCACCAAAGUCUGUAAGCUUCACUGUCUGAGAGACAUCUGUAACAAAUAUCAUGGCGAUCCACCCAAUAGUUGUUGAGGUAUAUCAGCUAGGAGCUAAAUUUAAAUAUGGAUCUUUAAUCGUUACAUCCUGUGGGACUUCUUGUUGCGAAGUGUUAUGAAUACAGCCCUGGGCCCCAACUGCAUGAAGGGACCUAAAUGAUGUUGUGCGUGUUUGUCAACAGUUCAUUCAGUGGUUACUGCCUGCAGUGAUUUGUGAGGGUUAACAAUUAAACUACUGUCUACAGAUUCAGAGCGUGAAACAGUACCGCGCUGUAAACUAAGUAACACAGCAUGGGAUUUCUGAAAAACGACAAACCCGUUCUUGACAUUACAAACGGUCUCAACAGUCCAUAGCAUGUUAUUGGUGCGCUAACCCGCCCAAAUCAUCUUUUGUUGCUUGUUUCUUGAGGUUUGACAGCAUAGGUGACUGUCUACAUGCGCAAACUCCCUCUGGUGGUAGCAGGGUUUGGGUUUCCAGUGUAGGGCUUUGGGUAAGAGUUUAAGUCAGAAGUGCCUUGGCCUGACAUGCAACACGCCUGUUGUUUUGCUGGCAGCUUGCAAAUGCAGUCUUAAUACGGUUAGAGGAAUCUCACAUGGCUCUGUUCGGACCUCGCUAAAACGUGUCUCUGUUGCUUUUUGUCCACACACAUUCAAUUAGGGUAACUGGCCCGGGUUACAACUUGGGUUUACAGAAUACAGGACUGUCAGUUUUGCAGUGAAGCUGCAGAUAGCCGACGAUGAAAUCUGUUAAGAGUGGGGAAAAAACUUUUACCUCGGCAUUUAGGCAAAGAUGUGACGAUUAAGCAGUGAUUUUAGGGUUAGAAGUUAUUCAAUGGAAAUGUAUCCAUUAGAUUAGACCUAAACCAACUGAGUAAAGUGUGCACAUUUAGCACUAGCUGAGGUCAGGCAGCAACUAUAUAUAUUAUAUUACUGGUAAAUAAAAAUCAGCUGUCAGACAGUCACUACUUAAUUACAUUUUAGUUUUAUUUUAUUUUUAUUCUAAUAUUCUGGAAAACCAAAUGUAAAUCUAACUUCUCCUCUAAUCAGAUCCUCUGAUUUUGUUAUUUGCAUGUGUGAGAAACACAAUAUAAUUUUUUUGUUCUUGGCUACAGUGAUUAUUAAAGAAGGGGAGGACACACUCCAACCAGGACUUUAUGCAGUUUAUAAUAAUCAUGGGCACAAUGAGUGAAAUCCAAUAAAUGCACAAUCUCUAACAGGACCAAUUCUUUACUGCAGGGGCAGGGGGAGGUGGGUGGGGGUUUGUUGAGGGUACGUGAACACAACCUUGAAGGAAGCAUGAUGGUUCAAUGUGUGCUUUUGUACUGCUGUGUUUUUUAAAGGGCAAGACCAGGACCUGAAUUCACAAUGCAUUUCAAAGUCCAGCCAGCUCCCUGUGAGGUGCUCUGACAGUUCAGGUCCAGUAAAAAAAAAAAAAACCAACAAAAAAAAAAAAAA